CUGACUUCAUCCAUGUAACAAAAUGAAAAUAUUAUGUAUCUGUAUCAUUAUUUGUUGUACUCCUAAUAUUAUCCAAGGUGCUAACCGGAAUGUGGACAUCAAAAAGUCCCUAGAGGAACACCAGGGACGGCUGAUUGUGAAUAAAAGUAAAACGAAAACUGUGCCGUUGAAAAUCGAGAAUGUGACGAAAGUUACUAUCAAUAAGAAGGUGCCGAAGCAGAAAAAGAAAUCUGAGGAGCUGAUUAAGCCUAAAAGUGUCCAAGCGUGGGCUAAAGAGAUAUCGGAUGUGCUACUGAGGACUGAAAACCUCGUUGUCCAUCGAGGGGUGCUGCAGCAGGGGUUCUCCGAUGCAAAGGUGGAGACACGCAAUGGAACCGCAAUUGUGGAUAAGGCGGCGAAAGACCUGGAAAAGCUUCUAGAGAGACGGGGCCAAGCAGCAGAGGCUAUAAUGAGGAAGGCAGAGGAACUGGCGGCAGCCAAACCGACUCCACCUGACGAUUAUGUCUUUGACUACAGUGUGAGAUUAGAUGAAUUGAAAACCAUAGAAGAACCUGACAAUGAGUAUGAGAAACUUUUGACGUGCAGAAGCAUCAGUAAGGUCCAUCUGCACAAGAAUGCACAUUUUGAUGCUCAAGUGUCCUUAGAGAAGAGCAGCGUUCAUGUCGCAUUAGAAGUUUUCGAUUGUGAUCCUCGAGCCCUAGAUCACAUCUAUUGGUCGGAGGGUCUGCUCCGCACGUUUCAGGACAACUACGCUCAGGAUGCCACAUUAGACUUCCAGUACUUCUGCAGCGCUAGAGGCUUCCUUAGACAUUAUCCAGCGGCUCUAUGGAAGAGCUUCUACAAGAUAGAGGACUUAGAGCCCGAGGGCGAAGAGCUAUACGACUGCCGCCUGCGCCCCUGGUACGUCAGCGCCAGCGGAGCGCCGCGCGACGUGCUGAUACUGCUAGAUGCGUCUGGCUCCAUGAACAGGUCCAUCAACUCAGUAGUGGGGGAACACUUCACCCUGGCCCUGCUGAGCGCGCUCACCGACGACGACCAAGUCAACGUGCUGCGGUUCAACAUCAAGAUCGAGUCGCCGAUACCCUGCUUUAAUGAGAAGAUGGUUUCUGCGAAUCACGUGAACUCUGCAGCCAUGAUGGCGGCAAUGAAACACCAGCGGCUGAUCAACGAGACCAACAUGGAGCUGGUGCUCAAGUACGCCGUCAAGAUGCUGCACCAGCGGCAGAAGGCGACGGACAAGCCACCGUCAUGCCAGCAGGCGAUAGUGCUGCUCACUGACAGUCUAGACGAGAACUUCACCAGCUUAAUGGAAUAUCUGGAUCCGGAGGGCAAUAUUCGGCUAUUCGUGAUGUGGCUCCACGAUCCGCAAGGUCUCCGGGACUCCACGCAGCUGUACUCUGAGCAGAUCUCCUGCGACCGCGACGGCUACUUCGCCGAGCUGAUCACAGACUCCGACAUCACCGAGCAGGUGAUGAACAUCCUCCGAGUGCUGGAGCGCCCGCUGGUGCUGCAGAGAGAGAAGCGGCUGAGGGUGUACAGCGAUCUGUAUGCUAAUAUCGAGGAGCCGCGAAGAAGCGAAUUCUACUGGGGCCAGAAGGAGGAUGAGGAGCAAUCAUACCGAUAUAUGCAGCUGCGAAAAAACAAGAAGGGCUUUCUACACCACGACCGACAGUACAGCGACCUCAAGCACCUGUAUAAUCUGGACAAUAAAGGACAGUACUACGAAGGAGAAGACGUGAAAUACAGAUACCAGAUCACAGUAUCCGUGCCCGUGUUCGACCACACUACGUCAGAGAAUAUCACUAAAGUGCUGGGUGAGGAAAAACAAAGGAAUGCUACGAGAACGUAUCCUGUGAACCGUCUGCUGGGAGUAGUCGGCAUUGACAUACCGAUUGCCCAUCUGAAGUUGGUGCUCCCAUAUUAUUUGGUUGGGGCUGGCGGCUCUCUGUUCAUAGUGGACCAUCGCGGCAACAUCGUGAUACAUGACGACAUCGAGCCUGUGUUCGACAGCGACAUCCUGAAGCCGGGGUACCGGACGGUGGACUUCAUGGACGUGGAGCAGCCCGCUGCGGACCACCUGCCGCGACACUACCCUGAAGACUGGUUUGAGUUCCGCAACACGCUAGUAGUAAAAGCGCCGAGUGGGACCAGAAUGCUCUACGCCAAGAACAUUCUAGACGGCGGGAUGAGAGCGUUGUUCGAGAUGAGGCAGUACAGCUGGCGACGUGUCAUGGACCACUACACCGUCGUGGUCGCUCUACCGCCGUACGGACAGCGACAUGUCGUCCCCGGGUCUACCUUCUCCCAGGGGCUGGCGGAGAAGGCGCUAGAGGCGCUGUCCGGCACUGAGUUUUCCGUACAUCCGGAAUGGUUGUAUUGUCAGCACGUUGACCCACACUUCGACCGCGAGGCCGAAGUACUCCACUUCAUCAGACGAAGACGCGACGAGCCGAAGUUUCUGAUGCAAAAACUCAACUACCUUUUUACACCCAUCGCACCUGCGCUACUUGAAAAAACUUACCAGUGUAACGAGGAGUUGAUGGCCCGUCUGUGCGAGGAGGCGGUGAUGUCGGCGGACUGGGCCAAGAACGAGCCGGCCGACCACGACUGCAAGACCUGCGAGCUCGGCUCCGUGACUGCCUUUUUCGCCAGUGAGAGCGGUCUGACGCGGUGGCAGCUGUACCACGCGACGAGCCCGCACGCCGAGCCGCCAGAGGGACGCGAGUGGGCGCGUGGCCCCGAGGAGACGUACUACGCGCGCGCGCACGCCCACGCGCCGCGCCUCGUCGUGCACGCGCCCGCGCCGCCGCGCAUUAUGCUGCGCAACACCGCUAGGCGCCCCAAGCCCUUGGGUGAAAAGUGGAGAUGGUUGACUGCGGCGCGGGCUCUGGCACUGCCCAGCAAGGCGGGCAUCGGCGUCACCGGGUACCACUUCCAUCCGCAGCAUCUCGAGGACCUGUUGGAUAAAGUCACCAAUUUCCCUUGCGAGGAAGAAGAUUGUGAGCCGCGCUGCGACAACGAGGCCUGGGCCUGCGUCCUCAUCGACGAAGAUGGGUGGAUCGUAGCCAACAUGCCGGACGAGAACAAGAAGGAAGAAGAUGACCAGGCUCUGGUUCGGGAGCACCUAGCCACCUCCUACCCUACCGCCAUGGCCGCGCUGCUGAACGCCAGCGUGUUCCACUUGAAAUGGAUCCACGACUACCAAGCGGUCUGCUUCCCGCCGGAGGACGAGGACAGCAAUGCUGCGGCACCAAGGCUGCCAACCAUAUUACGAGCUGUGUGGGGAUCCAUAAGACUGAUGCUGCAUGUGACCAAGGAAAUGCUUACGUUGAUUACUGUUUUAGCUUCUGCGCUUCCAGUGCGAAGCGACACAGAGUAUGAAAAAGAGAAGCGUCGCCGGCGCCUGAAGAAGGACUACGAGCGCGAGAAGUUCGAGAGCCUGUUCAACCCGCGGGUGCUCGUCAACCGCACCCGGUUCGCCGCCUGCGACCGCUCCAGAGCCAUCUAUGAGUUCCAGCACACAAACAAAUCGCUGGAGGCGCUCCGUCAACCGGCCCACGUGUGCAAAUGGCCGCUCGUGGGCGCACUGGUCCCGGAUACCAAUCUCAUACUGCUUGCCGUGUACAAGGGCUGCCCCUACACCGGCAGACCCAUCAACGACCCGCUAGUUAACGAACCAGUGUCUAUGGCCGAACUAGAGCAGGGUGCGGCGGGGCGCGGCGGGUCUGCGGCAAAGCUGGCGUGCUGGCGCAACCGCGUGCCGCUGCCGGCGCGCGCGCCGCACGCCGCCUGCUACCCCCACCAGUAUGCACAGGAGGAGGGGUACAGGCAGUGCGGGCCGUGGCUGCCAGACAAGGAUGCAGCUAGUAUUCAUCACCUGUCCGUCGCACACCUACUGACUAUGUUACUACUUGUUAAUGCUUGAUCGUUG